GGUCCGACGACUCCGGCUCCCGAGCGGGGACGGUGGGCAGCUAGGGAGGGCUGGGCCUCCCCGCCUGCCAUAGUCUGCCUGCCGCACCCUUGUUCCUGCAGCUGUCCAGUUAUCUUUUGACUGCCACAUAUGGACCCCAAAAGAUCUCAAAAGGAAACUGUCCUCAUUACAGGAGGAGGUGGCUAUUUUGGUUUUCGCCUGGGCUGUGCUCUGAACCAAAAGGGAGUCCACGUGAUUCUGUUUGACAUCAGCAGCCCUACUGAAACCAUUCCAGAAGGAAUCAAGUUUAUACAAGGAGACAUCCGCCACCUGUCUGACAUAGAGAAAGCCUUCCAGGAUGCAGACAUCACUUGUGUGUUCCAUAUUGCCUCUUAUGGUAUGUCAGGGCGGGAGCAACUCAAUCGAAACCUGAUCGAAGAAGUCAACAUCGGGGGCACAGACAACAUCCUCCAGGCUUGCCAAAGAAGAAGGGUGCCCAGGUUAGUUUACACCAGCACUUUCAAUGUCAUCUUUGGAGGUCAAGUUAUCAGAAAUGGGGAUGAAUCUCUGCCCUACCUGCCUCUUCACCUCCACCCUGAUCACUACUCUCGGACAAAGUCUAUUGCAGAGAAGAAGGUGCUGGAGGCGAAUGGUACACCCCUGGACAGAGGCGACGGUGUCUUAAGAACCUGCGCUCUGAGGCCAGCUGGCAUCUAUGGGCCUGGAGAACAAAGACACCUUCCCAGAAUAGUCAGCUACAUUGAGAAGGGUCUGUUCAAGUUUGUCUACGGGGACCCCAGGAGCCUGGUUGAGUUUGUCCACGUGGAUAACUUGGUGCAGGCUCACAUUCUGGCCUCAGAAGCCCUGAGAGCUGACAAGGGCCAUAUUGCCUCUGGGCAGCCCUACUUCAUCUCAGAUGGCAGACCCGUGAACAACUUUGAGUUCUUCCGGCCUCUGGUUGAGGGCCUGGGCUACACGUUCCCAUCUACCCGCCUGCCAUUGACCUUGGUCUACUGCUUUGCUUUUCUAACAGAGAUGGUUCACUUCAUUUUGGGUCGACUCUACAACUUCCAGCCCUUCCUCACUCGCACUGAAGUUUACAAAACUGGUGUCACACAUUAUUUUAGCUUAGAGAAAGCCAAGAAAGAGCUAGGUUAUAAGGCUCAGCCAUUUGACCUCCAGGAAGCAGUGGAAUGGUUUAAAGCCCAUGGUCAUGGCAGAAGUUCUGGAAGUCGUGACUCAGAGUGUUUUAUUUGGGAUGGGCUAUUGGUUUUCCUCCUGAUUAUAGCAGUUCUCAUCUGGCUGCCUUCUUCUGUGAUUCUGUCACUGUGAAGGAGGGGCCAGAAAUAAGGUGAUCACAGUUGGCUGAGAUGGUUCUCAAGAAACAUGGGUUUUAAAAUGUGUACAGUGGUAUCUGUUGCCAAACAUUGGCUCUUCAAAUUGCUGCUUACGAAUAGGUUCUUGGAUUGAAUCUUUAUUUCUUACUUCCUUGCACUAAGCCAGAUGGGAAUGAAAAGAAAGAAGCAGAGAUUAGUUUGAAAUUUCAUUUCUUAUGUCCUUCUGUUUUAGGUGGGUACAAUAGAAGUCAGUUUGGAGCCAUAGAAGUAGGCUUAGUUGGGUUGGAGAUGUCUGUCUUGAAUUUCUUAGAAGGCAAGAUACACUUAUUUCCGUUUUAUGCACUCUGCAUCUACCUAAAACCUCUGAUUGAUGUGGGAAUGACAAAACACUAUCAGGCUUGAAAGCAUGUGAAAAAUGCCAAAUUGGCCCAGAUCCCUAACAGAGCAGUCCUCGAGGGGAUGGUAGCUAUUGCUGGAGAGGAAUUAGCUAUUCACAGUGUCCAUUUUAGGUGUUAACUUUCGCCCUUUGUGAUAUCGGGGCACUAUGCCUAUGUGAACACAUGGUAAUGUUUGAUGUUUAGGCCUUUAUCCUACCUCAUAGGAUUCUUUUGAGGAUUAAAUUAAAGCAUACAAAGUGCUCCUUAACACACAUAGCCAUUCUUUUUAUCAGAAUUUUCAUGGUACAUUCCUUAUGAGGGCUUUCUUCCUCAGUGUUCUCUUUAGAGGGCUGUUGCUACUGGACUUUCUGGAAUGUCUGGGUGUGCCCUCAGAGCCUGCAACAAGUGUAUUUGGAUAUGCUCUAAAGUUUUGGCCUCCAAGAAGGCGAAAAGGAAGCAGCUAAAAAUCUGAUGAUUAAGGGAGUCAAUCAAGCUAAUGCCAUUUUUAGUUUAAAAAAUGAAGCAUAGCUCUAAACUCAUAGACUGGUUUUCUUACUGGGAAGAAGUUUGGCUCUCUGAAGACAGCUUCCAGUGAGGAAUGUUGAACAGUGGCAGCACUGUCUGGCCACCCACGAACUGUUACCGAUGAUCCAGUUACACUGUUGCAUAGGAAUCCAAGUGGAAAGAAGACAGAGUCCAUGUCUGUCCAUGGCUCCAGCUACAGAAAGGAUAACAUGAGAACAUUACAAGGGGGACACAUUACUGUGGAAAGUUCUGCUAGAGUUACUCUGAGAGUAUCUACAAAUAGAUGAGAAAUCCCUGUUGAAUGCUGCCUGGAUGUUUUCAGAAAAGCUCUGAACUUGAUGUCAGAACACCGACACCAUGAAUAUCAUGUGUGGCCUUAACCAAGGAACAGAAGCCCUUUAGAACUUAGCUUCCUCACUUGGGACCUGGGACUGACUGCAUUUGCCCUUUCUAUAAACCCACCCACCUCAUAGGGUUCAUUGGGAGCAUAAAGCAAGAUGUGGUGAAAGUACUUUUAAUAUAAAUUGCAACAUCAAUAUGA